ACACAUUUAGGCAUAAAUUAUUGUGAUUUUCUUUGCUUUGAUUCUUAAUGUGGUUAAUGUGUAUUCUAGAAAAUUGAUCCGAGGUGAUCAUUACUGAAUUGCAUUAGCAAAUAUAUGUUCUUAUAUAAUUAAAAAGAAAGAAUGAAAGAAGGAACCAGUAUAAAAGAGUUAAAAAAAAAGGAGGGAUGUUGGGUGGAGUGAAGGAGAAUAGGGGAGUUUUCACUGGUUAUGAAACUCAAGGCACAAACACUUGGUUGAUGUUUUCCCCUUACAAUUUGCAAGGGAAUUACUGGGACUUCCAGUUAUAGGACUCAAACUCACUGCAGCUGCAAAAGGAACAAGAUGAACAGAUUUUUUGGUAUGUAAAGUUACUUUUGCAGUGAAAGUUAUUAAACUACAUCAGUAAGUUUUAUUUCCUACAGGAAGAGAUUAAAAAGCUCAACCAUGGCAGCUUCCUUGCUCAGAAUUGGACGACUGGGAUCUCUAAAGGCCCUGCAGGCAGAAAGCUUGAGUGCAUUACAAACAGCCCCAGCUGUUGCUCUCAGUUCAAAAUCUGGGGAGGGCAAGAAGUCCAAAAAGUCCAAAAAAGAAAAGUCCACACAGACAACGUACUUUGAUAUAGAAAAACUUAUCCAACACAAAUCCUAUCCAGGAGUCAGUGAGGAAGUAACACCCAUUGCCACCACUGCUGUGGGAGCGGUUUCUGCAUUAGCUGCAGCCAUUCCUAAGCAAGCUGCAGCAGCUCAAACUGCUGAAGCUGUUCCUGUACCUACGGCAAGUGAAAUUUCACCUCUUGCAGACGUCUGUGAGGCUGCAGUGGAAACAACACCUAUCGCUGGAAUCACUGCUAAACCUGCUGUAGAAGCUGCAGCACCAGUUGCAGAGGUCACAGCUGAAGCUAGGUCUAUUGCUGAAACAGCAACAGAAGUCACUUCCUCUGUUACUGAAGCUGUGGGUAAAACUGUACCUGCAGAAGAAACUUCAACAAUUGCUGAAACAACUGCUCCUGCUGUAUGCAUUACUGAAGCUACACCUUUUGUUGAGGCCGCUGCUGCGGUAGUUGAAAGUGCACCUGUUGCAGAAGCCCCAAAUGCUGCUUGCACAGUUGAAGCCAUACCCAUUCCGGAAUCUACCCCAGAACCAGUUUGCCUUGAUCCUGAAGCAACUCCUGCAGAACUUUUUGCAGAAGUCACAUCUCAGAUAAUGCUUACAGAUACUGCUGCCCCUACAGAGGUUGCCCCAGAAGUUGUAGCUGAAGCAACUCCUGCUGCAGUUUCCACAGAAGCUACUCCAGAGGUUAUGGCAGAAACAGCCACCACAUCAGUUGCCCCAGAGUUUACAGUUAAAGCAGCCCCUACAGAAGUUGCCCCAGAGGUUACAUCUGAAGCAUCUAAUGCUGCAGUUGCCACAGAAUCUACUCCAGAAGUCAGGGCAGAAACAACCACCAUGCCAGUUGCCCCAGAGUCUACAGUUGAAGCAGCUUCUACAGAAGUUGCCCCAGAAGUUACACCUGUAGCAUCUAAUGCUGCAGUGGCUACAGAAUCUACUCCAGACGUCAGGGCAGAAACAACCACCAUGCCAGUUGCCCCAGCUUCUAUAGUUGAAGCAGCCCCAACAGAAGUUGUCCCAGAAGUUAUGACAGAAGUGACCCCUACAGAAUCUACCCAAGAACUUGCAGUGGAAGCACCUCCCUCAGAAAUUGCAACUGAAGCUUUAUCUUCUCUAGAACCUGAGGCUUCCUCAGUAACAGAAGCUGUUGUUGAGGCCGUACUAGAAGCUGCUGCUGAAGCAGUAACUGAAGUCAUUGAAGAAACUGUCCCUGUUAAAGCUGUUGCCGAAGUAGUGGAAGCGAUUGUUGAAACUGUAGCUGAAGUUGCUGAUGUUGUCAGUGAAGCAGAAAAGCAGGAUGACAUUGUCACUGUGAUCACAGAUGCAGCAGAACCUCCUGUUGAAGUGGAUGCGCCUGAGGCUGGCUUGGACCCUAUUCAGAAACUCUUUUUGGAUUCCAUUCGCAGCUAUUCCACAAUGAGCACGGGAACUAGUGCUCUAGUUGAUACAGGUCCUGAAUACCACAAGGCCCUGGCUGAGGAAAUUACCAAACUACAAAGACUAUACGGUGGUGGAGACCUGGAAUCAUUCCCGGAGUUUAAUUUCCCUGAUCCAAAGCUGGAUGAUGUGUACACCAAGUAAACAAUUUUAUCACACCAUUACACCACCAUGUGCCCCAGCCUGGGACAAAUACGAGGACCUCGGUUGAGCUUUUUAAUAUAUAGAGACUGUGAAGUCUUUCCAACAUUCAGAUAAAAAGCCUGUCUAUGUAUCCAUAUCGAUAUUACAGUACAGGUUAGGAGAAAUAUUACACUCUGCAAUUUUCUGCAUUCUACUUUCUAGGUUUCUAUAAUUGGAAAAGGAACUGAUUUAAUAUAUCUACAGUAUGUGUGUACUGUGUUUCUGUGUGUCGAACCUGGUUCUGGAUCUUUACUGAAAAUUUGUGGAAAAUAAACUUUUGUGAUGUUCUAAAAA